UAUAUAUAGUGUGAAAAGAAAAGAGUGGACUGGACCAGAAUAUUGCAAAUCAAUUGAGGCACAAAAAAUAGCUAAGAAAUUGCCAAUUUGGUGUUCAAAGAAACAGCAGAAGAAACGGAGCCAAACUAAACAACAGUUGGACUGUGCAACGGUGCAGCUCUCUCUCUCUCUCUCUCCCUCCCCCCCUUCCAGCGACGCUCCAGGGCCUUUUGCAAUCGACUGCGACGCGCUUCUGCUAUCAAUAACAAACUUUUAAUUAUAGCAAGGCAAGGCAGACUUUCGCGUUCUUAUCGCCGGAACCGGCAGCAGCAGCAUCAGCAGCAGCAGCAGCAGCAGCGGCAGCUGGGUGUCGCACGGGCUUCCCCAACCUUGGGAGUGACGGGAGACCCACAUUGAGUAAGGUUGUUUUCUGUUUCGGGUACAUGUCCAGAAUGUCAUCGGCCCAGACACAAACGAAUGUCGAGGAGGACAGCCUACUGAGCGGGCUGAAUAAGCUGCGUCGCGAAGAGAAGCUCACCGAUGUCACACUGAUUGCCGGUGGAAUAAGCUUCCAGGCCCACCGUGUGGUACUGGCGGCCAGCAGUGAUUACUUUUGCGCCAUGUUCGCCGACAGUGCCAUGAUCGAGACGCGCAAAAAGGAGAUUGCCCUGCAUGGCAUCACAGGGCGAGCCAUGGGCUCCAUUCUGGACUACAUAUACACCUCUCGGCUAGAGCUGAACAUAGACAACAUCGAGGAGACACUGGCCGCCGCCAGCAUUGUCCAGGUGCGGGAUGUGAUUGAUCGCUGCACGUUCUUUCUGCAGCAUCGCAUUGGGCUGGACAAUUGUUUGGCUGUGGCCACCAUGGCGGAGAUCUAUGGCCAGCUGGGGCUAUCGGCGCGCGCCUUUCGCUAUAUGUGCUGCCACUUUAAGGAGUUUUCGGCUGGGCCGGACUUCAAGGAGCUGAGCGUUGAUCAGAUGCGCUUCAUACUGAGCAGCAACUAUCCGAUUGAUGUCAGUGAGCAGGAGCUGGCGCGUCUGGUGUGCGCCUACUGCCUGGACCAGCGGCUGGAUGAUGCGGUUGCCUUUGAUCUGUUUCGCCUCAUCAACUGGCCGCACAUCAACUACAAGCAGCUGCACGUAGUGGAGGCCAUGAACUGUUCGAUUGACGAUCAGGUGCAGCGUCCGCUGCCAGCCAGCUACUUUAAUUACAUACGCGAACUGUAUCUGUCGCGGCUCAUCGAGGGUGAGCGUGCGCUGGAGGAUCUGACGGUGAGGGAUUUGCCCACCAAUUUGCGUGGCAUGGAGCUGAGUCUGCUCAAGAUCGGCGGCUUCGAGUGGAAGGGUCUUACCAAUGAGAUUAUGUGCUUCUCCCCAACCAAAAUGAAGUGGUAUGAACUGACAACCAUACCACACAUCGACCAAUGUGAGUCGGUCUGUCCCCUUAAAGGCAACUUUGGAACUGCCGUGCUCAACAACGAGCUGUUCAUUGUCGGCGGUGCGUAUGAUGUGUGCCUGAAGGAGUACAUCCAUCCGUUUGGCUUCCGCUAUUGCCCACUGCGCAACUCCUGGGCGACGAUAGCGCCCAUACAGCUGGACCGUUGCCGUUUCUCGCUGAAUGCCGUCGGCAACAAGUAUCUGUAUGCGGUCGGUGGCAUUGUGGAGAACGAUGACACCACCGAGGAGGGCAUGCGUCGUGCCUCGAAUGUGGAACGCUACUCGCUCGCCGACAACAAGUGGUCGUAUAUGCCCUGCCUGCAGGAGAAUCGCAGCCAGCAUGCCGGCGUUGUUGUGCGCGAUAAGCUGUAUAUUUCUGGUGGCAUUUAUAUGGCCGUCAUUUUGCCAAGCUUUUGGUGCUUUGACACAAAGGUCGAGACGUGGCUGGAGCUUGAACCAAUGCCCAUCGAAUGCUGUGAUCAUGUCCUGGUGGCCUGCGAUGAUGUCAUCUAUGCGUGCGGUGGCUGGCACGAAAACCAGGCCGAGACCCGUGUCCUGGUGCAGCACAUCUAUGCGUACAGCAUCAAGUCAAAUACGUGGCAGGUGGAGACACGCAUACCAGCACCAAAAUUCUACUCGGGCAUUACGAUGAUGGGUCGCACCAUAUUCUUUGUGGGCGGCCUCGACUCCACGGAGACCAUCGAUCGGGCCAGUUCGGCGACAAUGGCCUACAAUGUGGAUAGAAAGUGUUGGUGGCAUCGCAAGGAUUCGUGGGACACGCCCUCCGAUGUCUGGGAGUCCACAUGCGCCGCCCUCUAUGUACCCAUCUGUGAUUCCUAAAUGUACUCCUAUUUUUCGUUCGUGUUUUCGUUCUACUAUUUUUUUAACACUCUACCACAGAAGACUUUAGCCUACAGACUACACUAGACGCUAUACACGCACUCAAUGGGCGUUCCUCCUCUCAGCUCAGCGCUCUUUGUAUCACGGAAAUUCUUGACACAAUUCUUGACACCUAAACGAAUUUAACGAUUCUCAAAACACAUACAUUAAUUGUAGCGUUAAUAUUUACAAACAAGUUCAUGUACUUAAAACUAGAAUAAUUAUACAAUUAUACAUACGAGAAGCUGCAAUGGGCGGUAACGGCGUCGCGGCUGCCUGUACAGACAAAUAAAUGUGCCAAGCACCGGCUCAAAAUAGUGCAUAUUAAAUAGAAUAUACUUGUAU